CCACGUCUACGUUGUCAGUACGUGGAUGGGGAGUCGUGCAGCGUGCAGCAUGUUGUAUCACCUGUUGCUGCAGACAGUAAAGACACAACAGUCAGCAGGUGUGUCACCCGGUCAGCCUCACCUCUUGCAGUAUCAUCUUCAUGAUGACAAAGACGAGGAGAAGACCGUUAACGAAUUGUCACAGAUUUCAAGCGGAGGGUUGUUGUACGUCAUCGCUGAUGAAGCAGUGAGUGAUUACAGGAUCAACUACUUCGAGAAUUUCUGUAAGAACCUGCUGACACGAGUUCCUCGUCUCCAUCUGUGGGCGGCAAGUUGUUUCCAUAAACACGCACCCGCCGGCUGGCAAGUUGCACAUUUAACCAGACCCCUCCGCUCGCCGCCAUCCGUCGUCAGGGAAGUCGAGCAGGACGUGUGGAUCUUCACUAGACGGAGUCCUGUCCAGCCGUACAGUGAGCGAGGUGUACCCGACCACACAGACGGCCCGCCAGUCAGACGAGUGUAUCACCGAGGUGAGGAUCACUCAGGUCGCAGGCCAGGUGAUUGUGUCACGUGCGGUCGUGAGGUGGCCAGCUUCCUACACAGUCUACGUGUUGGUGUCAGAGAGAGUGGCACAACAACAUCAACAGCAGUCAACUCCACCAGCGAGGAAACAUCACCUCCCUGUCUACAGUGGAGAGACGUGCUGGUGUUGGAUUGGGGUGACAUUACUGAAAGCUCGGGUAUGGUGACAGGAUUGCAAGAAGCGGGUAUCCCAGUGCGGGUGAUGAAGGAUGAUGACAUCGAGGACGUGGCCACGGCCCGCAGUGACGUGGUGUGGGUGGCGGAUGGACGUCAUGUUCGUGGUCUGGAGAGAAAAGUCGUUGUCUGUCUGGACGGUCCUGCGAUUGACUUGGUUAGGUCUGGCUUCAGGGUGUUGUCUAUAUCUGACAUAUCAAGAGAGUCAGAUCGUAGAUCUUCCCGAUUUGACCUCAUGUCCCGCUGUACGUCACAACUUGUGAUUGUCUCCCAUGAAAAUGACUGACACUCACACAUCUGUCACCUGUUAUAGUAGUGUGUCUGUCUGAUAUCAACACUUGUCUUCUCUGUUUCUCCUCUUACACUCUCAGUCUAUCAACACGUCAUCGCCUCAUGACGUCAUACACAUGAUAUCUGAAGUUGUCUCACAACACCAGGUCCCAGAUUUUAUCACAAUAUCAAUAUCAUACGUUCUCUACACUGGGUUUUGUUUACACAAGAACUAGCAUCAACAUCAAAAUCAUACGGUCUACACACCGGGUCUUGUUUACCAACACGGUUAAAGUUAUGAUCAUUGUUUUAUAUCGUGUGAAAUAAAAAACAUAUUUAAUGCUAGUAACAGCUAGUUCAUAACAUUGUCAAUAUAAAGGAUAUUUUCUUGCAAAGUUUACUGUGUGUGUGGUUUAUUUUUUGAAGUACUUUCUCUUUUCUGGUCUUUGUGACAUGUCAUAAUCUUAAUGUGCACGCGAUUGAGUAAUUUGUACUGAGACUAGAUUUUUGGUCUGUUAUAUUUGUAACUUCCAUGCAGUUUGGCCUACUUAAUUUACUUUUAAAGCUUUAAGAUUUUUGUCAAGAAUUAGUUAAUUAGAUAAGAAUUGUUUAUGUAAGCGGGUAAAGAGAUGUGGCAGGCUGAUGAAUGGAGUUAACGAGGAGUCAGCACGUAUUGAAUACAUAUUUUUUAACGAUAAUUGGAAGAUUAUACAAAGGGGGAAACAUAUUUGUCAUGUGCUAACUUAAAGGGGGACGUAACAAUCGCUCUAGUUAGGCUCUAGGGUGGCUUGUUGACAAUCCUUAGGGCCCUUAUCCAAGGUGUGGUGGUGUGUGUGCCAGUGUAGAGGUGUUGUGUAGGAGCGCACAGGUGUUGUAAUGGGAACCAACCAUAAGUGGUUAGAGGAAGGCAAGACUGUGAGAGGGGAGGACGCUUGGGUUUGAGAACCUUGAGCAAGUGGGGGAGUCAUUGCCAAAGGGCUGCCAGGACGGCCUCUUGCCACCGUGGAAAUCAAAUGGCUUUGUGACCAGCUUGCACUUACAAUGAGAAGACUUGCAUUACCUGUGAGAGGUAGACGUUCGACGCCAAGGCCAGAAGUCGUCGUUCUCUAAGGAUGAGACCGUUCGCUGGGUUUGGCGCACUCUAAAAAGCCUGAGAACUUUCCACGGCGGUGGUGUUCGUUCGACGUCUGUAGUGUCAUUACAGUCGUCGAAGACAUCACCUGUAUGUCCCUGGACUGGGACAGGCUCGACUCUGUGUCGCUGGGAGAGCAGUCGUCGCUCUCUGACGAGGCUGGCAGUUCGUUUGGGAAGGCCGACAGACAGCGGAGAAACACUUUCGAGGGAAAAUCGUCGGAGGGCGGUGACUGUCGGCUGGAGUAUUGGUCUUCGCCAAAUCAUCAUCGUGAUUUGCGUGUGAGAGUGAAUGAUAGAUAUAGAGAGAGGUAACAGCACUGGAAUAGUGGAAGUAGGCUUAGCAUGGAUAGGACUGGGACUCCCCGUAGACGAGUCUUUUAUUGUAUGUAUAUGUAUGUAUUUAUGUUUAUUAAAUCUUUCUAUGCC